AUGAACGGUUUUCAUGACGAUUUGGAGUCUUUGGUCACUCCGGAAAUAACAAAACCCUUGACUAUAGUUGCAAUCGAAAGCGAAAGCGGAACCGGAAGUGAAUCUACGAAUUUGGAAUUCCAGUGCUCCGUGCUGGCUGAAAUAAAUGCCGGAAAAUUAAUAAGAUUCAGUCAGACAUUGGUGAAUGACAUCGACAACAACAUCAACAACAACAUUAACAAAAACAACAACAUCAACAACAACAACAUCAACAACAACAUCAACAGCAACAGCGAUUAUCAUUUCGACAAUUUUGAUGACCAACAACAUCAACAACAACAACAACAACAACAACAACAUCAACAUCAACAACAACAUCAACAACGUCAACAACAUCAACAACAACAACGAUACUACAAAGCCGUUCUGAACCUGAAAAAUGUUUCACUAUCAGACGCUGGUCUGUAUGAAAUUGUCGUUGCCAGUAAACACAAGAAGACCGCGAAAUCUGCUGUCAAACUUAAUUUUGGCGAUCCUGAAAGCAGUAAGCCGAACAGCAACAACAACAACAACUACAACUACAACAGCAACAGCAGCAACAACAACAACAGCAACUACAUUGAUAAUAACAUGUUGAGAGCACGCGAAAGACACCCGAUAAGCCCCAACAACAUCAGCAACAACAUCAACAACAACAUCAACAAUAGUGACGAUGAUGACAUCAAAACUUGUAGCAGCAACAACAACAACAAUAGCAAAAAAACAACAUCAACAACAUUAACACCCAACAACAACAACAUCAACAACAACUACAGCGAUGACGACCAAGGCAUCAUAAUAAAAAUCGACAACCAUGGUGACGACGCCAGUAGCCAAAACGAAUCUGAAACUAACGGACUUUCCCAUCAUAGAAUCCCCGUUGAUGUGCCCGGGAUUUUUCCGGAGAUAAAAAUAGAUCCCGGAAGUGAAAAUGAAUGGGAGGAGAGUGGAAAAACCCCAAAAGUAGAAAUAAAUUUCGGUAGUGAUAAUGAAGAGGAAACCCCAGGGAUAAAAACAGAACGAAGAACUUCCGAUCCGGAUGCGAAUGACGUCAUCGAGGCGGAUGAUGUGGUCCCGGAUUUGCCGAGAAUUCCCAGCAGAAUUAUGUCGAGAAGAAAUAGCAUUGAGGAGGAUAACAGUUUCGACACGAAUAACUUACCAAUUUUCGGACAACUCCUAAUGGCGAACUCCCAAAAAGAAUUUUCGUCGAGAGAGCAUUCUAGAUCAAGACGAGACUCGGAAUCGAGUGACGCGUCGGAACCAGAAAUUGAAAUGAAACCCGAAAGAAUGAAUAGAGGCAGGAGGAGGACGCCAUGUCUGCUCGAGCUCUCAACAGCCUACAGCAACAACAACAACAACAGUACCGAAAAUCUCGACAACUCGACCGACUCGCAGUCGCAACUCAGCGAUCUGGAGAUGUUCCGGCUGAGGCGAAUGCAACAAUCGGCCGGUAGGAGGCAAUCCCUGGCCGACUUAAGCCCGAACUGGAAAAUGAAUAUGCAGCAACAACAACGACGUGUCGAUGUGGAAGAGAUUGAACUGCAACAGUUUGAAAGGAGGCGGAGCUCCAUUGCUCUGAGGAGGAAAAGCCUCGCCGAGGUCAUCCCUGAUUGGCCGCAACUUCAAAAGCCUAAAGAUAAGCAGGAUUUUUGGAUGGACGAACUUGAGGAUGUGACGUGUAAAGAUAGGGAUUCGAGGGUGGAGCUCUCUUGUAGGUACUCCACCAGCAAUGUCAAGACGAGAUGGUUCAAAAAUGGCCAGGAGAUAUAUCACGGCGAGAAAUACAACUUCUUGAACGAUGACCAAGGUGUCAUCAGGCUGAUAAUACAGAGAAUAUCAAAAGACGAUGAUGGGAAAUAUAUGGUGAAAGUUAACAACAAGCUCGCAUCAACCGCCAGCUUAAUUGUCGAAGGUAAAGAUGAAACUGAAUGA